AUGCCUAGAGUCGACGAGCAGCUGGGUGAUGUGAAGAAGAAUACGACGACGAGAAGGAGGAGAAGAUAUUUUUUUUUGUUUAUUUCCAUCGUGAUCACGAGUAAGAUGUUAACUGAGAGUAAUUAUCGACACCGUUCUCAUCAUCAUCAUAACGGUGGUCCUGUGAUUGCUCAACAUCGUACCCAUUAUGCCCCGUACCAACAACCUUCCCAUCCGACGAAACUAAUCCCACAACCUCAACAUCAACAACUGCAACAGCAGCAGCAACAACAGCAGCAGCAGCAGCAUCCUCAACAACAACUUUCGGAGUUACCUCUGCCGAAGUUUGAUUUGCAUCAUGCUGUUCGAACAAAUGAUGUUGCAGGAAUAGUUCGUUUACAUAGUCGACUUCGACAACAGCCAACAGUCGCUGAUACAUGUUUACUCGAUUCCAAUGGUCACACACCACUAUACACUGCUAUUGAUAACGGAAGACUUACUAUGGUCGAUCUGCUCCUUCAUCUCGGUCAUAAUCCAUACUGCAUCUCGGUGGCUCGUGAAUCAGCAUUAAAUGUUGCCAUAGGCUAUGGUCGUCUUGAUAUCAUUGAAUAUUUAUUAGCACGUGGUUUUCCCGUUGAUUAUCCUGGCUUCGAAGAUAAGACUCCAUUAGAACGAGCUAUUGAAUGCAAUCAAGGUUCUGUUGUUGUUACGUUACUGAAGCACGGUGCCGAUUGGCGUCGGUACGAAGAACGUCGCAAAACAGGUGACAAAUCACUUGUUGAAUGGGCAAUUGCUCAUGAACAUCCUCAAGUAUUAGGAGUUCUUAUUGACUUAUAUGGCGAUGAUGAAUCUGUGUUCAAUCAGAUUGGUAUGAUGUAA